AUGGAUGGUCAGGUUAUGGGCAAGGUUAAGGAUUCUACAGAAGAGAUAAAUCGCUACAUCUCAGUGGCUCACCCAGGAUGCCUGACACCCUCCUCCUCCCCACAGGAGAAGGGCUCCACCUUCCUGCAGCUGGGCUCAUCCACAGAGCAGCAGCUUCAGGUCAUCUUUGAGGUGCUGGAGGAGUAUGACUGGACGUCCUUUGUAGCCGUGACCACACGUGCCCCUGGCCACCGGGCCUUCCUAUCCUACAUCGAGGUGCUGACUGAUGGCAGUCUGGUGGGCUGGGAGCACCGCGGAGCUCUGACACUGGACCCUGGGGCGGGGGAGGCCGUGCUGAGUGCCCAGCUUCGCAGCCUCAGCGCACAGAUCCGUCUGCUCUUCUGUGCCCGCGAGGAGGCCGAGCCUGUGUUCCGGGCAGCCGAGGAAGCUGGCCUCACUGGGCCUGGCUACGUCUGGUUCAUGGUGGGGCCCCAGCUAGCUGGAGGCGGGGGCUCAGGCACCCCUGGAGAGCCCCUUCUUCUGCCAGGAGGCGCCCCGCUGCCUGCUGGGCUGUUUGCAGUGCGCUCUGCUGGCUGGCGGGAUGACCUGGCCCGGCGUGUGGCAGCUGGCGUGGCUGUAGUGGCCAGAGGUGCCCAGGCCCUGCUGCGUGACUAUGGCUUCCUGCCUGAGCUUGGUCAUGAUUGUCGUGCCCAGAACCGCACCCACCGAGGGGAGAGUCUGCAUAGGUACUUCAUGAAUAUUACCUGGGACAACCGGGAUUACUCCUUCAAUGAGGAUGGCUUCCUGGUGAACCCCUCCCUGGUGGUCAUCUCCCUUACCAGGGACAGGACUUGGGAGGUGGUGGGCAGCUGGGAGCAACAGACUCUCCGCCUCAAGUACCCGCUAUGGUCCCGCUAUGGUCGCUUCCUGCAGCCAGUAGAUGACACGCAGCACCUCACGGUGGCCACGCUGGAGGAGAGGCCCUUUGUCAUCGUGGAGCCCGCUGACCCCAUCAGCGGCACUUGCAUCCGAGACUCUGUACCCUGCCGGAGCCAGCUCAACCGCACCCACAGCCCUCCGCCGGACGCCCCCCGCCCCGAAAAGCGCUGCUGCAAGGGCUUCUGCAUCGACAUCCUGAAGCGGCUGGCCCAGACCAUCGGCUUCAGCUACGACCUCUACCUGGUCACCAACGGCAAGCACGGCAAAAAGAUCGACGGCGUCUGGAACGGCAUGAUCGGGGAGGUGUUCUACCAGCGCGCGGACAUGGCCAUCGGCUCCCUCACCAUAAACGAGGAGCGGUCGGAGAUCGUGGACUUCUCCGUCCCCUUCGUGGAGACAGGCAUCAGCGUGAUGGUGGCACGCAGCAACGGCACCGUGUCCCCCUCCGCCUUCCUCGAGCCCUACAGCCCCGCCGUGUGGGUGAUGAUGUUCGUCAUGUGCCUCACUGUGGUCGCCGUCACUGUUUUCAUCUUCGAGUACCUCAGUCCUGUGGGUUACAACCGCAGCCUGGCCACCGGCAAGCGCCCUGGUGGCUCAACCUUCACCAUUGGAAAGUCCAUCUGGCUGCUCUGGGCCCUGGUGUUCAAUAACUCGGUGCCCGUGGAGAACCCCCGGGGUACCACCAGCAAAAUCAUGGUGCUGGUGUGGGCCUUCUUCGCUGUCAUCUUCCUCGCCAGCUACACAGCUAACCUGGCCGCCUUCAUGAUCCAGGAGGAGUACGUGGACACCGUGUCUGGGCUCAGUGACCGAAAGUUCCAGCGGCCCCAGGAGCAGUACCCGCCCCUGAAGUUCGGGACGGUGCCCAACGGGUCCACGGAGAAGAACAUCCGCAGCAACUACCCCGACAUGCACAGCUACAUGGUGCGCUACAACCAGCCGCGCGUGGAGGAGGCGCUCACUCAUCUCAAGGCAGGGAAGCUGGACGCCUUCAUCUAUGACGCCGCUGUGCUCAACUACAUGGCCCGCAAGGACGAGGGCUGCAAGCUCGUCACCAUUGGCUCGGGCAAGGUCUUUGCCACCACGGGCUAUGGCAUCGCGCUGCACAAGGGCUCCCGCUGGAAGCGGCCCAUCGACCUGGCGCUCCUGCAGUUCCUCGGAGACGAUGAGAUCGAGAUGCUGGAGCGGCUGUGGCUUUCCGGGAUCUGCCACAACGACAAAAUCGAGGUGAUGAGUAGCAAGCUGGACAUCGACAACAUGGCGGGUGUCUUCUACAUGCUCCUGGUGGCCAUGGGCCUCUCCCUGCUGGUCUUCGCGUGGGAGCACCUGGUGUACUGGCGCCUGCGGCACUGCCUGGGGCCCACCCACCGCAUGGACUUCCUGCUGGCCUUCUCCAGGAAACCCCUGACCCCAGACUGUGACUUCCGACCCCUACAAAUGGUCAUCCGACCCCAGACUGUGACCUCUGACCCCAAACUGUGA